AUGGAGGAAGAGUGCUCACCGGCGUUUUUCAAGUUCAUGGCGCUGAUUGGGAACAAAACGGAGUUAUUAGGGUACUCAAAUUACAGAGAAGGACUUGAUGUAAAGAUGGGGACGACAAGGAAAUAUAGUUAUACAAAUUUCACGUACCAAUUCAAUAUCAUGUUCCAUGUUGCACUGUUAUUGAAAUUAUUGGAAGAAGAACAGGUUUUAGAAAGGAAGAGACACGUUGGGAAUGAUGUGGUUGUGUUGGUGUCUAAAAAACAGGUUGAUGAGAACGAACAAUUCGAUUCGAGAAUUCUUACGUUCCAUUUAAAUAGUUUGUUGUUAGUUUUUUAUUAUAAGAAUAGAAAAAGACAAAUAAGCGCCUUUGUCGUUAUCUCACUGAUGAAAAGAACAGAAGACAAUACACAAUAUAGAAUCAUGACGUGUACAAAACCAUCGAAUGACGCGUUCCAACCAUUUGAAAACGAAAUAAGAAUCUAUCAACACAGAGACGAACUGAAAGACUUAAAAAACUUAUUAAUGGAGAAAAUAUGUCACUGUUCUCACCUACAUUCAGAACUAAUUACAGAAAGACCGUUAAGGAACAACUAA